AUGGCUUUAGGAGUCUGGUCGCUCCUUGCUGCCUUGAUUUGGCCUUGCACUGAGAGCAUCUAUGUGACAGUAAGUUGUUCAAUGGACUGGGUUAUGAUCUUGGUUAGCCCAUGUGGGCACAACAGUGAUCUGUAUAUAUUUGCUGAUGAAUUGCACCUGGGAUCAGGUUGCCCUAUGACUUGGAUUCAGUCCUCUGCAUAUGAUUUGAUAUACCCUGUACAUGACCGUGGGAUCAAGACAAAGGUUGUUUCAGAGGAUACCCUCCUUUUUCAAACAGAGAUGUUCUUUAACCCUAGGAUUGUGCAUUGUGAGAGCCAGAAAAUCCCUUUGGAAUGUUCUGCCUCUAGGAAAUCAGUAUGGCUCACACCAGUUUCUGCAGAUAAUGAAAUAAAAUUGGACCCCAGUCCCUUUAUUGCUGACUUUGAGACAACACCUGAAGAGCUAGGAUUACUAAGUUCAAGUCAGACGGGUUCCCUCCUUAAGGAGAAAUGGAGACUUGGAGUUGGCAUCAUGAAUUUUGUUCGAAAAACUGUUUUUUUGUAUUAA